GUAGGUAAGUACUAUAAAUACUAGAAGCUGAAAUAAACAGUGCUCUAUACCUCUUUGUUUCCAUGUUAUGUUAGUGCUUUUAAAAGUAUGGAUUGGCUAAGGGUCAGUAUAUUUUGCAUUGGAAUUUAUCUUUCUUAUGGUGCAUCUCAAGGAAAUACACCAGAGCCAAUAAAAAUCAUUAGUCAAACCAAUGAGAUUUCCCCAGAUGGUGGUUAUGAAUGGAGUUUUGAAGCGGCAAAUGGAAUAAAAGCUCAAGAAACCGGAACAUUAAAGAAAACUAAUGAUCCAGAAAAUCCUGAAGCUAUAGUUGCUCAAGGUUCGUAUUCGUAUACGGAUUUAGAAGGAAAUCAAAUAUCUUUAACCUACACGGCUGACGAUGAAGGAGGCUUCCAACCUCAAGGAGCGCAUCUGCCAACGCCACCUCCUAUACCUCCAAAUAUCCAAAAGGCGUUAGAUUGGAUUGCAUCUCAACCAUCGACAACAGAAAGAGCCGGUAGAAGAAAAUAAUAGUACAAUAGUUUUCAAGACAACAACUUAAACUUUUUGCUGAAAUAAUUUCCUGCGAUCUAAAUUUAAACUGUGAUACAAAGUUUGCAACUGUUGCAAUUUGCAGCAAUAAGGUACACGAUAAAAACGGCAACUGAUUUAUCUUAAUGACUUGGUCUCGAUUUAUUUAUGUUAUAAAUAUUGUAAUAUAUUAUGUAAAAAUAAAUACUUUACAAUCUGCAAGUUGAAAA